UAUUUAAAAAGUUGUCACAAGGGGAAAAAAAUAAUAUAAAUAACAACUUUGCUGUGUUAUUGUUUUCAACUGUAUUAUACGACUUACAUUCAGCCACUGGUUUUUAUAGAUGCGUCCUGCUCUGUCCUUUUCAUCGAGAAGAGCGAAACCUUCAAACUGCUUAUUAAAACAAUGCGAAAUUGAAAGAAAUAAACGAUCCUUUUUGACAUGUGCAACAAAAACAACACCCACCACAGCUAAAAGACCCCAGUUACCGGCACUGUGGUUUUUAGUAACAAGGUCCAGCUCAUCACAGGCCUCAUUAAAACAAGUCAAGAAUACCGAGAAUGCUACCAAAAAAUUUCAUCCACGUUCAAUGAACAAGGAGACGAAUCUCGACAGCCUACUCCUUUUCUUAUCCACUUGCUCACUUACACCCAAAGAAAUAUUCAAAUCACUCAGAACCGCACUUUAUAAUACCACUCAAUAUGAUUCCAAAAAAGCAUGGUUGAUUUACCAAAGUAUGGUUCACUAUCAAGUAGACAAAUACUUAAAACCCAACAAUUAUGGAUUUCUGUUGUGCGUAUUAAAAUAUGGCGAUUCAGUUCCGCAGAUGUUGACCGUAUUAGAGAACAUGAAAAGUCACCCUGGCGAAGAUUCUUUUCCUUCAGCCUACCACCUAUCUCAAGUACUUUUUGCGAUGAGUCGAUACGGCCUUGUACAGGAAGCCUGUGAUAUUGUCAGAUUAACAACGGCGAAAGCGGAUAGUUCUGGUAACAUCGACUCGUACCCAACAGCGAAUCAUUAUCACUCUUUGGUGAUUGCGCUCAAGAACAGCAAGUCGAUAGAUUCAAAAUCAAUAGAAUCAGUGUCAAAAUUAAUGGUAGAUGGUAUGGAAAAAAGAGAUAUAUUACUCCAUAACUCAACCCUUUCGACCAUGCUCAGCCUGUUCUCGUCACAACAACAAUCCAAGCUACAGUUCUUAAAGGCAAUGGAUCUUGUCAACAGUAAAAAUCAACAUACACAAAAAUCGCAUCCUUACAAUGAGUAUAUUUACACCUCGCUUAUAUCGGGAUUCGCACGGCAAGGAGACAGUGAGAGCGCUAAACGACUGUUCGAUGAAAUGAAGAAACAUAAAAUACCACCAAAUCAAGUAACGUUUGCUGCAUUGAUGGAAGCAUACAGUAAGGCAGGCGACUUUACGUCGGCAAUUCGAUUAUUGACAGAUCACCAAAGAAGAUAUCGCAAAUUAUCUAAUCAUAUGGUCACAUCGCUUCUGGUGAAUGCGAUCCGACAUAACAAUUUGACAGUAGCUGAAAAUACCGCCAAAUUUGUUGCCUGUAAAAAAAUGAAGAUAAAGGAUAUGGAUAAUAUGACAAGGACGGCUUUAAUCUGGCUUAAAACAAAGCAAAAUGUGGAUGACGCUAGAAAGAAGUUCGAUGAACUGUAUGAAUUGGAUAAGGAUCUAGUUAAUCAUAUCAUGACAAACCAUUUAGUGAUUGGGUAUGGGCUGAAAAAUGACAAGGAAAACGUGAUCAAGAGUUAUAAUUUAAAUCGAAAGAUGCGUCCAGCCACUACAGCAGAACAAAUGAGAUCAAACCACCAUUUAACAAACGCGAUGUUCCAUUGUCGUGAUGUACCUGCAGCUCUAGGUGUGUUUGCUUCCAUGCGAAGUCAAGAUAUACCUGACGAUGUGACAUUGGCCAUGGUGAUCCAAGGUUUAAUUCUGAAUAACGAAAACAAUCUGGCCUGGAGAUUAUUCAAGACUUUACAAUCGGAUGGCAUCGAACCGAAUUUACACGCAUAUACGAGUGUUCUCAAAUUACUCGGACAUCGUGAUGUGGAUAUCAAAAAGAAACAAAAUGAUGUUGGAGUAGAUUCUGAUCUGGCUUUAUCAGCCGGAAUCCGAUCACCUAGCUUGGACUAUUUACAUUCAACAGUACCAAGCACGACUGAAGCCCUAAGCUUAUUCCGUCGUAUGACUGGCUUUCAACAGCCCAAUGUCUAUACUUAUACCACUCUCAUUUCAUGCUUUGCAAAAUACAAUAUCUCUCGUGCCAUCAGUAUAUUCGACCAUAUGUGUGCAACAGGAGUAAGCCCGACCGUAGAAACAUAUACGUCUAUCUUACAAGGUUGCGCAAUAUUCAGAAAUAGUCAAAUGGCACUUAGUGUGUUUAACCAUAUGUGUGAAAGUCGCAUAGAACCUAAUGCUGUGACUUGGAGAUACCUGUUGAAGUCUUUAUUAAGGUCUCGUAUCGAUAAAUCCCAAAUUGAUAAAAUAGCUGAAAUGGCAAAGAAAGCUUUAGACAAAAAAGUAGAUUAAUUACACAUUAGAAUCCCCUUUUAAAAUAAUAAAAUUACACUUGUACAUUAGAUAUUUAAAAAUAAAAU